UAGAAAUUUAAUUUUUAUAUUUGUGUUUUUGUUUUUAUAAUCAUGUUUGUAUUUUUCUUUGUAUAAAUAUUAAUCAAAAUCUUAAUCUUUGAAAAAGAUUGAGAUUAUUAAAUAACAUAAAAAAAUAAUUUGGGUCGAAUACUUACAAAAAGAAAAUGUAACCAAAUAACAUGCAUCAGAUUUCAAUCAUAAUUUUAGUACUUUAACAAUUUGCAUUUGGAAUCAACCCAAAAGAAAAAAAUAACUGUUAUUAUAUAUAUGAACGCGGUACAUGUACAUGCAAAGAAGCCAUAUGGAAAAGAAGUGGAUACCGAAAAUUAUGGACAGGAAGUUACUUUUUUUUCUUUACCGCAAAUAGAGAGUUAUAUCCUUUUAACAUUAAUCAAAAUAUGAGAAUAAUUAAUUGGACAUAACAUUUAUCAAUUGGUCAUGAUCUUAAUUUAAUAGAAUAGAUAUAUUACAAUAAAUUGUGGCCAAAAUAGCAGCAAAAAUACAACACAAAAGCAUGAGAGAUGGUUGAAUCUAGAACAAAUCGAUCAUAACUCUUGAAUCUUGAGGAUCUUCAUGAAGUGGUGAGAUCUUGAUCGUGUCGAGUGAUGUUGGUCUUAGAGCUUCAUGUUGCGUGUAAUGGGGAGAAGAUGAUGAUGAUGUUGUGAGAAGCAUGGAGGAAGAAGGGAACUCGGGGUUUGUAGGGUGGAGGAUCUGUGUGAGCAGAAGCACAAUUGACGCCAUUGAUGAACUUUGAAGAAGCUUAUCUGUGUGUUUUGGGGUUUUGGUAUGUUUUUUAAUAUUCCCAAGUGAUUUUGGUCUGUUAUAUAUAGAGAGAAACAGUGGGAGCCUCCUGUAAUAAAUCUAACGACCGUGGUUUUGUGUGCUUGAAAUCUAACGGACGAGAGAAUCCGGUAGACUGAUUCUUAAAAACUUUGGGUAGCAAGUGGUUUCUGGGCUUUGACUUUUAGCUCUCAUUUAUUUCUCGCCCACAUAAACUAGCUGUUCCACCUAGCAAAAUAGAAGUACAUUAAAUUACAUCAAGAAUUUCUUGAAUGCUGACAAAAAAAAGAAUUUAUUGAACAACAAAAAGCUACAUAUAAUUUUUUAUGUAGUAACAAAAUAUCAAAUACAUAUAAAGAAAAACAUGAAUAUAAUAAAGAGCGAUUUGCGUAGAAAUUCUAGUAAGAUGGCAAUAUUUGCGUCCAUGGAAAAAUGGAAGGCCCAAGGGCAAGGCCCAGUUGUAUUGGGUGCAAAAAGACAGCGUUACCCCUAUCGCCUCUCCUUUCACGUAAGAAGCUGAAGCGAUUUUUAAUCAUUCCAUGCAUGUAAUCAUUAGAAAAUAUAUACAUAUAUAUAAGCUGUUUAUAUCAGUAUAGCCCAAUUAUGUAAGAGUAGCCUUGUAUGACUAUCGGUAUAGCCCGAUUAUGAGUUCGUAUUGUAAUCAUAAAUAAAGCAUUCCCCCCCCCCCUUUUAUAUUUGUGUUUGUCUAGCAACGAGUUAUUUCAUGAUUUGUCUUGUUUGUGUCACUAGGACGGAUAACUGCAUUUCUUGUUCUACAACUUAGACGGUUACGUUGCAAUUAAUAAGCGUCUUAGAUGGCUAUAUAGACUUUAGCCGGUCAUUCAAGUUUAGCCGUUCAUUCAAGUUUCCGGUUUAAAUAACUUGCAUUGUCUCUGAUUUGCUACAUUGUCCGGUUAAAAGUACAUGACAUAGACUUAGACGGUUGCUAAAGCUUUAUUAAGAUAAAAAUUAGAACAACUUACAUGAAAAUAGACUUACACAAUGUUCUUGAAUUGUUACAUUAUCCGGUUAACAGUCCAUGGAAAAAAUACUUAGACGGUUGCUGAAGCGUGCCAGGUCAUCUAGGCUUAAACGGUUGUUUCUGGUAUGUUACUUUAUCCGGUUAAAAGUACAUGAAAGUAAACUUAGACGGUUACUAAAGCUUUAAUAAGAUGAAGAGUGGAAACAACAUGAAUUGCAUCGAGAGAUUGAAUACGAUUAACCGGUUAGAUAAACGAUUAGCUUUAAUAAGAUAAAAAUUAGGACAACAUUCAAAAAGUGGAUAUACCAAAAAAGAGUAGAAAACAACAUUGAUUCCAUCGAGAUAUUUAGAAGAUUAGCCGGUUAAAACGGAGAAUGGAACGAGAUUUAACAAACUCUGAUAACUGUGGAUUCGUCGGUGAGGGGUUCAUCGCCGAGAUUGAACCGAUGAUUACGCUGGUGAUUCUUCAUCAGACAGGGGAACGGAAAGGAGAUGUCGGGGACUGAGACGGCAACGAGAGGUGUGAAACUGAAACCGGAACGAGGGUCUGAAACUGAAACCGGAACGAGAUAGUCGGAAGUUUUAUGAUACCAUAUUUCUGAUUUUGGAGGAAUUUGGAUGAAAGAGGUGAGUUGUGUUGUUUUUUUUUUUUUUGACUAAAGGUGAGUUGUGUUGUUUUGCGGAGAAAACAAAGGUAGAGGAGAGAGAUGUAUGUAGUAAAUUCGAACUGUAUCGAUUGUAGUGAUAAUAUUACUCUUGCCUCACGCGUAAUGAUGAAAAGCUCUGGUAGGUAUCGAGCUAAUGUGUGUAGGGAUAGUAUUGUCAUUAAAAAAAACACGUCGCCCUUAACUCCGAAAAUCCAUCGCCGCAAAUAUGUGGGUUAUGCUUGUAUAUACACUGCAAUUUCUCUAUAAUAAAUACAAAUAGUGGAUGUCUGUUAGGAGGGUUUCAGAUAAUUUUAGUUUUAGGCUUUUAGCUUAGCAUCAAGAAAAGUAGAAUACCAUGGGAAUAACUUCCUCCAAAUAAAUCUUGUAGUAGGUAUUGGUUGGGCAAACCAAAACCAGACCACAUUAAAUUCAAAGACAACCCAUAGAAAAAAAGUUUUGAAUCAAAUCCCUCAUAUGCGUGGGGUCAGGUCAAUGCAUGCACACACGUUGACUUUGGCUUCUUCAAAGUCAAUAACUUGGGUCAACCAUGUUACUCGUUUAUUCAAAGGGCCUCUGCUUUUCAUACUCCAUAUAGGCCCAGUUUCUACAUUUAACAGCCCAGCAUAUAUCUCUCAUGAAACCCAUACGGAUCCUAAAUGACAUGUAAGCUGAUGUCUUAUGUCUUCAAAACUACAUGCCGUUUAAACAAGCUUAAAGUUUGUCCUUAAACCCCUACUACCACCAUCAUUGUUCGGUAAUGCCGUCCAAGUAAGCGAGGAGGUCUAAGCGUUGCUUGAAACGGUUUGUCCUUCACUUAAUCUGCAUUAAUUUGGUUUAGUAUUAUGUCUCUUAAAUGAACUUAAGCUUAUUGGUUCUACUAAGUUAAGCUUUUGACAAAGUUGUGGGUUAACAUAAGAGAAGAUCUCAAAAGGCCUUAAGUUAACCUGUAUAUUUUGUUAAUAAUCGCUACAUGAACAUUGUGUAUUAGACAUGUGUCUCGUUUACGAGCUCAAGUUUUAUUAUUUCAAGGGAGAGAACUUGGCUAAAAAAUUCAGCUUUUGACUUAAAUUUUUUUUUUAGUUUAACAAAUUUUCGAAUGUCAACCAAUAAAUUGUUGUUUAUCCAAAUCCAAUAACCGACUACUGCCAAAAAUAAAAUAAUAAAUUUGUUAAUUCUUGAACAUCAACCUCAUGACCAUGAUCCAUGUUAUAGUUAGUGCAUCCAACAAAGUCAGGAAAAUAUAUAUUUUUAGAUUUAUCUCCUAAACAAUUCAAACAAAGAAACCUGUUAAUUAUCCACAAGAGAUGACUUGAAAAAAGUUGAUUAGAAGGAAAGGUUACAGUUUGUGUAUUUACAAUUUUAGUAAUUUUUAAGUUUCUUUUAAAACUGCAUAUCCGUCUGAAAUCUAUUAUUAUACAAACCAGAUCACUAAUACAUAAUUGAGAAUCAGACAAUAUCCAAAUGUGACUGGUGAAAAAAACAAGAGACAAUUAGAGCAAAUCACUAAAAAGAAACAAAAGAAAUGAAAAGAAAAAAACCGCGUACAAGCUGGCACGUUCUGUAUCUGGUCAUAACAGUCACUUUUCAAUUCGUUCGGCGACACAAACAAUCCAAAACUAAAAAAAAAAAACAUUCUUUAGUUUUUCUGUUUAUAUAAACAACAAAAGCAAACUGAUAUCUUUGGGAAAUUUAAUUUGGGAUACGCAAUCUAUUCAUUCAUCCUCAAAGAACCCUAAUUCAAGGGGAAGUAAAGUGCUGAAUCAGCUUUGCUUUUGUGGGAGUUUAAGUAGCUUUUUUUUUAAAAGACAGUAGAAUGGACCGAUUGGUUUCGGGGGAACAAGAUUUUGAAGUAGACAUUGAAGCUGGUCUAGCUCAUGUUACGCAAGAAUCCACUUCAGACAAUGCCUCUGAAACGAUUGAUGAUGACGUAAACUAUCCGUUAAUGGGAGACGAGGAGAACCCGACAGAAACAAACAGUCAGAAGUUAGACGUUUCUGAGAGAAAACGCGAUGUUGUAAAGUUCAAGAAACCAAGAAAGGCUUCAAAGCCACCUAGACCUCCAAAACGCCCUUCUUUGACUGCGAGUGACCAUAAGGUGAUGAGGGAAAUAGCAGAGCUCGCUAUGAGAAAGCGUGAAAGGAUUGAAAGGAUGAAAAGAUCUCUAAGAAGAAUCAAAGCAGCCAAGUCAUCAUCAUCAUCAUCGUUUUCAUGCAUAAGCAUCUUCUCGAUGAUAGUAACGGUUCUGUUCCUCGGUAUUCUUGUCUCUCAAGGCUUCUUUGCUGGCAAUUCGAAUCUGAGUUCAGACAUCUCGCCUGCACCAAUUGUUUCACCUGACAACCAAUUGGUUUCGGCUCAGUUAUACAAUGAUCCUAGCCCUACCACCUCAUACAGUUUCAGAUACAUGAGGAAGCGAAUUUCGGGUGCCGAAGAAGGAGAAGACUCAAGAGAUGUUACCAGAUGAGUUGAUAUGUGUUUUGGUCUUUGAUAUCAACUCAAUCUGUUAACUCUUUUUCGUUCAAGUUUUGUUCUCUUUGUAUAUUUUCUGUUGUUUUGGUGACUCGAGGUGUAAACGACCGCGUUUUAUAAUAAAUGAUGAUCUGAAAUUGAACCAUGA